GUUAGGGACAAGAAUGAUGAUUCUGAAACAGAUAUUGUUCUGUAAGGCAUAGUAUGAAUGUUUCGUGAAAAUGGAAAUGUUUCAUUGCCCAUUGGGUUUUGCUUGUUUAUUCACUAUUUCGUUAUGUCGUGUACUUGAAUGUCAAUUACCUUUUUCCCUUUUCCAGGUAUGUGUCACAAAUAUGGAGGAUGCUUUUGAACAUUUUGAAGUUGUUCUGAAGCAUGUAAAAGAGCAUACAAGAUAAAGGACUGAUCAAUUGGUUCUGCUAAGUACUAUGCCUAGAUUUCUAGUUGCAGAAGCGGCGCCAGUGGUUCUACGCUUGAAUUUCUCGUUGCUGCUGGAAAAUGUAUAAUAGAUCCAAAUCAAGCUCCAAGAAAGCAAGUAAAACCAAUUGGUGGUCUUCACAUGAUUCUAAAGUUCAGAUUUUUACUCAACGAUGAUGUGCAAGACGGAGUGCUUGGCCAGCCUGGUUUGAAUUUGUAAGCAAGGAAGGAACCUAAAGCCUCAUCGAUGGAAAUUUACUUUUUCUGCUCUUGCCAUUUUGUCGUUAUAGAUUGUUGGAUACCUACACCAACUGAAAAAGUUGGGAACAUCUUUAUUUCUUACGAGUGUUGUAUUAGUCAAUUGAUGCUAAAAAAUACUAAUCUUUUUUUAACUUGUAAGAUAUGUAACAUAUAUCUUUUGUUGGACCACCUUCUUGAACGAGCUAAAAAUGAAAAAUUAAGAACUUA